GAAUUAUUAAUGUCCUAUUUUAAUGGGGCCAGGGAUGCAUCCCAUAUACGGAAGGGCAACACAGUCUCUGCGACAAGUACCUCCUUGGGUCAGGAGUUGCAUUGCAGUCAUGUAGGCAACCUGGAGAGGAAAAGGCGGUGGGGGUGGGGGGUAAGGGAGAGGGUGCUGAGGCUCAGCCCGCACAAGUCCCUGAGUUGUGACCUGGCUCUGGCUGCACCAGGGUCUCCCCAGCUUGCUUUGGUCCGCUCCUCUGGGACCUAGGGAUCUUUGAUGUGGAUUGGAGUUGGUAGCCUCGCCCUGGAGUACUGAGUGUGCGGUGCUUAAACUCCCGGGCUUAAAAUUCGACCUUGCGCGCUUCUGUGUCCGCCGGUCUGGAUCAGCUGCAGAGACCCCUGCUCAGCUAUGACUCUCCACCGCCCAAGCUGAGUCCGAGUGCGCUAAUGACAGCACGGGGUGUGGCCUUGGCUGGGCGGCGACCCGCGAUCUCAGAGCUCGGGGGAGGAGCCAACUCCUCCCUUCCUCAGGGCCUUGGCUCCGUGGGGCGGGCCCGGGAGGAGCGUGGGGAGGAGCCGGGGCUGCGGCGGCAGCGUCAGAGCGGUGCUCCCGCUGUCCAGAGGCUCAGACCUAGCUCGCGAGCCGAAGAUUAGCACCGGAGGCUCCUUUCCUGGGCUAAGGCUGCCGGACCAUGGCAGACAAGGAAGCUGGCGGUGGCGACGCCGGGCCCCGAGAAACGGCCCCCACAUCUGCAUAUUCCUCUCCAGCACGGAGUCUCGGGGACACAGGAAUAACACCUCUGUCCCCUUCCCAUAUCUUGAAUGAUGCUAACCCCGUCUCCGAGCAGCAGACCUUUCUCGUGGUGGUGGCCAUCGACUUUGGGACCACAUCCAGUGGCUAUGCCUACAGCUUUACCAAGGAGCCAGAAUGUAUCCAUGUGAUGCGGAGAUGGGAAGGAGGUGACCCUGGUGUUUCCAACCAGAAGACCCCGACCACCAUCUUGCUGACACCAGAGAGGAAGUUCCACAGCUUUGGGUAUGCUGCCAGGGACUUCUACCAUGACCUGGACCCCAAUGAGGCCAAGCAAUGGCUAUACUUGGAGAAGUUCAAGAUGAAACUACAUACCACGGGGGACCUCACCAUGGACACAGACCUGACAGCAGCAAAUGGCAAGAAAGUCAAAGCCCUUGAGAUCUUCACUUACGCCCUGCAGUACUUUAAGGAGCAGGCUCUCAAGGAGCUGAGUGACCAGGCAGGGUCGGACUUUGAGAACUCUGAUGUCAGAUGGGUCAUUACAGUGCCUGCCAUCUGGAAGCAACCAGCCAAGCAGUUCAUGAGAGAGGCUGCCUACCAGGCAGGCCUGGCCUCCCCCGAGAACUCGGAGCAGCUCAUCAUUGCCCUGGAGCCCGAGGCUGCCUCCAUCUACUGCAGGAAGCUGCGGCUGCACCAGAUGAUCGAGCUCAGCAGCAAGGCGGUGGUCAAUGGGUACAGCGCCAGUGACACAGUAGGAGCGGGGUUUGCACAGGCAAAGGAACAUGUCCGUCGUAACCGGCAGAGUCGGACCUUUUUGGUGGAGAAUGUCAUAGGAGAAAUCUGGUCUGAGCUGGAGGAAGGGGACAAGUACGUGGUUGUUGACAGCGGCGGAGGCACGGUAGACCUGACCGUCCAUCAGAUACGGUUACCAGAGGGGCACCUCAAGGAGCUAUACAAAGCAACAGGCGGACCGUACGGAUCCCUGGGAGUAGAUUACGAAUUUGAAAAACUGCUUUGUAAGAUAUUUGGAGAGGAUUUUAUCGAACAGUUCAAGAUCAAACGUCCGGCAGCCUGGGUUGACCUAAUGAUCGCCUUUGAGUCUCGCAAAAGAGCUGCUGCUCCAGAUAGAACCAAUCCCCUGAACAUCACCCUGCCCUUCUCCUUCAUUGACUACUACAAGAAGUUCCGGGGCCACAGCGUGGAGCAUGCCCUGAGGAAGAGCAAUGUGGACUUUGUGAAGUGGUCCUCCCAGGGUAUGCUGAGGAUGAGUCCGGAUGCCAUGAACGCCCUCUUCAAGCCGACCAUUGACAGCAUCAUCGAGCACCUCCGAGACCUGUUUCAGAAGCCUGAGGUAUCCACCGUCAAGUUUCUCUUUCUGGUGGGUGGCUUUGCAGAAGCACCCCUUUUGCAGCAGGCGGUGCAGGCUGCCUUUGGUGACAAAUGCAGGAUCAUCAUCCCUCAGGAUGUGGGCCUCACCAUCCUCAAGGGUGCCGUCCUCUUUGGCCUGGACCCUGCCGUUAUCAAGGUACGCCGGUCCCCUCUCACCUACGGAGUGGGCGUGCUGAACCGCUACGUGGAAGGGAAGCACCCUCCUGAGAAGCUGCUCGUAAAAGAUGGCACGCGUUGGUGCACUGACGUCUUUGACAAGUUCAUCUCUGCUGACCAGUCUGUGGCCCUGGGGGAGCUGGUCAAGCGUAGCUACACUCCAGCCAAACCUUCCCAGUUGGUCAUCAUCAUCAACAUCUACAGCUCCGAGCACGACGAUGUCAGCUUCAUCACUGACCCAGGGGUGAAAAAGUGUGGCACACUCCGCUUGGAUCUCACGGGGACCGGCGGCACAGCCGUUCCUGCCCGCAGAGAAAUCCAGACCCUUAUGCAGUUUGGGGACACUGAGAUCAAGGCCACAGCCGUCGACAUAGCCACUUCAAAGAGUGUCAAAGUGGGGAUCGAUUUCUUAAACUACUAAUGUAACUGUCCCUCCUGGCCACCAGCCCCCUGGGACUCAUCUGCGUUUGCUGACCUCAGCCUUGACUGUUCUGACCCUGACCCUAACCCUGACCCUUGCCAUUGCCUGAAUUUCAGUAGGAAAGAACCAAGGUGAAGAUUAACUAAGGAUUCUUUUUAAGGGUACACCGGAGCGAGAAAAACUCAGAAGCCAAUAUCACGAUCUGGACAUAGGGAGUUUGAGGACCCCAAGAGCAGCCAGCUCAUGGGUUCCUGAAUGGCCAAAAAGCCCUUAGGGAGGACUGGGAGCAGCCUGCUUUGAAGAGGCCUCUGAAAGGGAGGGCUUAGGAUACACACUGCAAGCUGGGGGAUAGAGGGAGGGAGAGAUAUUCAUUGGAGGUCUUUUUAAAUUAUCUUGGAUGGCUGGGAAUAGGAAAUACCAGCUUCCUGCAGAGUUAGUGUCGUCUCUUUAUCAUGGGACUCAGAGUGGUGACUCAGUGGCGACUUACAGUAUUCUUUUUUUCUUAAGCUGGUGGGAGAAGACCAGGCACUGUUUUGGGUUCUCAUACAAUUUAGAUUCCAAGGAGGCCCAAACGAAGGCUAGGGCAACCUUGGCUAACUCAACCAGGACAGGGGUGGGUGUAAGAGUGUGGAUACCUCAAUUUUUCCAGAGUAGGUACAACUUAUUUUGGUGGAAAUACACACUGAAGAGUUAGUGACAUACCCCAAAUUACAGCAGUCACCUUUUUUCCUGGAGAGUAUAAAUUCUGAGAUUCCUCAGUGGAUGACCAAAGGUGUGGAUAGUACCAAAAAUUAUCUAUACUAUGUUUUUUCUAUACUUACAUACCUAUGAUAAAGUUCAAUGUAAUAAAGUAGUAAGAGAUUAGCAAUAGUAACUAAUGACAAAAUAGGACAAUUAUGAAAACACUUUGAUAAAAUGUAUACGAAUGUGGUCUGUCUCAGUAUAUCUUAUUACUAUACGACACCACUGUGCAUUUUUGGACCACAGUUAAUUGAAAACCCAGUAAAUGAAAACGCAGAUCAGAAAGUAGUUAUCAGAACAACAAACCUUGAGUUCACAGGUCAUUCAUAAUUCUAGGUGACCUUGGGUGGCCUCAGUAGGAAUUUAACUGGAGAAAAUGAAAUUUCUACUUGCUCUGUUUAUAUCUAUCACCACACCCAGAAAUCCAAAACAGCCUUGCAAACCAUGCACAGUUUCCAUUAACCUCUUCCUUCCCCUACCCCAAUUCUUCAUCCCACUGUAAGGAAAUAUAAAAGGAGAUUCUGUUCCAUGAAAUGUCUCCGUCAAACCUGGAGCUUUUCAAAUUCACCUAAAAAGAGUUAUGUAAGCCUAGACCUGGUAAAUGGAGGCAGCCCUGUAGCUCUCCGGCCUCAGAAUCACCUGGUGCUUGCCAAGAGCAGUUCCUGAACCUAAUCCCUUUCAGACAGCGCAGACUCUGGAGGAACAGGGUCUGAGGUCUUAGUGUUGGAAUGUGAGAAUUCCCUCCAAGCUGAAGUGACCACAGACUACAGUGUGUGGCCUUAACAAUCCCUGUGAGAUUUCCCUCAGGGAAGAGAGCAUGAACCUACUACACUCUGCCCUCUAGGUAAGAGGGUUGGAGAUCUACCCGCCCUCGGAGGUUGUUGCCCUUUUAACCCUCACAGGAAGGAUCAGAGAAGGAAAAAAACAGCAGGAGAAAAACCAGGAGAGUGAAGCCUCCCAAGGAGCCAGCCAGGUUCUGUGUUCUUCCCUCUGUGCAAGGCUAGUCUCCUCAACAUUCGGGAGCCAAAUGAGGAUAAAGAAUCAAGAAUCUGUCUCAUAGUCCUUUUUAUUGUUUAAAAAUGUCUUUCCCACCUGCUGGAAUUCAUCCUGAUUUCAAAUCACUGGAAGCAUGCAUAAUGAAUGGAUGGACAGACGGAUGAAUGGACGGAUGGACGGACGGACAGAUACAGAAUGAGAGAAGGGACUUCAAAUGCAAGUUGGAUUUGUGAACCAUCAUCAUAGCCAAUACGCAGAUUUUAAAUAACAUUUUGAGUUUCAACCUAUUGUCGUCUCCUCCUCCACGCCGCUUGCCGCAGAACUCCCCGCCAGAAUGUGAAGAAACGCUAUCGAACCACAGAACAAGCGAGUGGGAGCCCCAGACUGAACGGCAGGGUCUCAAAUCCAGACCUCAGGAUGCUUGCUUUCUAGGACUCCCUGCUAACCCUGCUUCUAGCUCAUGGGUGUUUCCAGCCACAGUCCUCAAAUAGACUUUCAAUUUUGUUAUAAUGGAUAUAAUUUUAUGUACAUAGAACACUAGAAUCUUGUACAGAAUCUUUAUUUCUACUUGUGCUUGUUUGAAAAGGAAACUACUCUUCAUUUUGGUUAAUAACGCUGCUGCCUGUAAGCUCUACAGCUUCAUUUCUGAACUGCUCUCACUGGUUGCUGUCUGUGCUGUUACCCCACAGUGGAUUGUGUAUACAAGACUGAGCAAUAGACAGAGGUGCCUUGGGUCAGAGUAUUCUGAUCACACAGAUUACCUAGAUGGACAGCUUCAUCAGACCCCUCCACACCUGCACACCCUACCCAGAGCUGAACACUCUCUGCAUAAAGAGUAAUGUAGCAAUUCUCCCAUCCAGACUCUGCGUGCUGAACGUACUGGUUCUAGAAACAGUGCCUACCAAAACGCUUUGUGUCUGGUAGGGUGGCUUGCUUCACGAUCAAAGGGACCAGCUGGUCCACGGGCCAAGGGUUCCAUUGGGUGGAAAGAGUGGGAGCAGUGUAGUCAAGUCCUGCUUUUCCUGGCUAACGUAAAGCACUCCUUACCUUAUAUCUCCUGGCCUCCUAUGUUACUUACACAAACUGAUAGAAAUCUGCAUUGUUAGCAAACUGAUGAUGGAGGAAGGGUGUGAUUUUACUGGACUUCCUUCAGGCCCAGAGACACAGUCCCAGUAGCCAAACUCUUAGUAAAGAGCUCCAAUCUAUCCCUACCCUAACUGAAAUAAUCCUACUAGAAACACUGGAUGAGUUACACCUGGAACACAUUUCCCAGUCUUAGAAAGUUCCAGAAGGUCUGUGGUCUUGACCGAUUGUCCUCUGCAUAGGUUAUCUGGUCACUUAACCUUUCCUGUACACAGCAGGUGUUCAUAAAUGCAGAGUGACAGGCGGUAGGAAAGAGGAGGUGCUACAGAAGAGGUUCUGAGGAGUCAUGGCUGAGUCCAGGUUACAGAGCCUGCCCUGCCCUUAGAAUGUUACUUAGACCAAGUUUAGCUUUUAGAGUCCAGGUCUGGUUAAUUGCCAGGGUAGCAAAGAAUUGCAUGCACCAAUAUAAACAGGAGUCAAAAUGCAUUAUUAAUCGAAGAUGAACUUCACACUGUAGUGAUGUAAUAGUUGUGAUUAGGUCUCGCAGUACGUAUGCCGGGGAAUGGCUUAAGUGGAUGGCUAGUAUAAAAGUUGUUGGCCAUAAUAUCUCUUAACACCUCUCAUCUGCUUGCAAUAUGGAACAAUGUCCUAAGACCUGAACCACUGGGAGUCUUGUUCUCUACAAGAUAGAUCCAAACUUCACAGAAUUUUGCAGCAGUUCACAACUAGACAGGAUUGUGUCUGCAAACUCUGUCUUCACAGAUUCUAAUAAAGUAAAACUCUCAAUUUCA